AAAAAAGGGGGGUGGAGCUUAAGAGCAUCUCUGGCUUGGAGCGUCCCUGCAGCCGCGCAGAAAGACUCCGCCCCUUCUGGGAUAAUCUCGCUCCGUGAAACCAACAGACGAUCUCUCUGCUUUUGAACCAGAUGAAAAUAAUAAUAAUAAUUUAAAAAAACAGCUGGAAUUAAAUUGCUUUUUUUCCCCUCCUCCCCUGGCCUUCCCGCUUGGAAUUGAUCGGGCUCUCUGCACGGGCCCAGAAGCUCUCUUUUUCAUGGAUUUCCAGACCGGUCUGCUAGCAAAACUGGGCCAAAAUUAUCCCAGCUAAAAAACAACAACAUGUUUUUAAAAUUAAACCCUUUGCAAGUUGGAGGUCUCGUCAGGCUGAUUUCCCUUUAAUUGGGGAGGGAAUUUGGUCUGCAAAAUAUGCAUUUUAUAAGGACUGGACGGUGAUAAUCCAGGGAUUGGAAUUGGCUCAGCGUAACUGCAUGGAAAGAAGAGGAAAUAAUCUCUUUUUUUUCCCUCCAUGUUUCUAGUCCUCAGUUUUUUAAAAAUAUAUAUAUAACAAUAUAUAUAUAUAUUAUUUGGGCUGUUUUUUGGACCACUUCCAUGAGUCUCCUUUCCGGGCAUCACCAUGCCCUCCCGCAGCGAUUCCAGUUACUCCUUAACUGGCCGGACUUCGCACAGUUUUACACACUUGCGUGUCCGGAGGGCUUGGCUGCAAAUUAUCCUCCUUUUGGGCUUCAUCCAGAUGAUCUUAGGAGUCCUCAUCGUGACGUUGAGUUUGCUGGUCACCACUUCAAUCCCGUCGCAGCAUCCCAUAGGAAACUCCUGUCCCAUCUGGGCCGGUUUUCCGGACCUGCUGUUCAGCAUCUGUGGCUUAACCAUCUUCUCCAUUGUAGUGUGCACGCUCUCUGCCAUCAUGUGUUGCAUCCAAAUUUUUUCGGUUGACAUUCUCCACGUGCUUUCUCCACCUCGGUCGAGUUCCGUCACGCUGGACUGUACUUCCCCUCCGGACACUUACUUACAACACAUGCUGGAUCUGGAUGAGUUUGUGCCCCCCGUUCCACCUCCUCCUUACUACCCCCCGGAAUAUACCUGCAGUUCCGAAACGGAUGCUCAGAGCAUUACCUACAAUGGCUCCAUGGACAGCCCCAUUCCCCUCUAUCCCACCGACUUCCCUCCAAGUUAUGAAGCUGUUAUGGGGCUCCGUGGGGACAGCCAGGUAACGCUGUUUGACUCACAAUUUACGGAAACAUCGCAUGGGCCGUGUUCCUGCAACCAAGUCCCUUCCGUUGUGCUCAGUGGUGAAGCGAUUUCCGUGGAUAGCAACUCGCUCAUCAUGUCGGAGAUCGUCGACAUUCCCGGGGACAGCAGUCCCUCCGAGGAUUCGUGCCUGCUGGAAGGGAGCGGAUCGGCCUGCUCGGUGGAUUACGUCCUAUUCCGCUCCAUCCAGCGCAGCCGAGCGGAUUACUGCCUGAGCGUCGACUGCGGGCACUGCGGGCUUCACCCGCAGGGCCCGUUCGAAGACAUCCCGCCGAUGCGUCUGCGGGGCGAGCGCUCCUUCUCCUGCUCCACGCCCGGCACGGUGUAUGAUGGCCUGCUGGAGGUCAACAGUGCUCAGACCCACAGCUGCCACCGCCUGGAGGGUCUCGGCCACAACGUGGGUCCCUGUUUUCCCGAAGUCCGGAUGAAGCCCAAGAUGGCGGUAUCGGCACGCAAAGAGCCCAGGCGGCCGCGGCGGAGCAGCGAAACGUCUUGCCAGUCACCCGUCAUCCGAUGUCCCCUGCUGCGGUCCCACAGUGACCCUGGGAUUGGUGUGUCCAGGGAGGCCGCAGGUGUUGAGGCUGGGGAGUCCGUCCAACGGCAUCCAUCUGCAGAGCUGCGGAGAUCUGAACUCAACCUCCCCCUUACGGCGUCUGCUGUCCGGUCGCCGGCUGGACCAAAGACGUCCCUGCAGCCUGAGUGGACUUCUGCGAGAAAGCAAUCUCUAAAAACCGGCUCCGAUGCUUGCCCUCUGCGGAAGAGGAGUUGGAGUGAAAAACCCGCCAUGAUAUGGGACAUCUGGCGAAUGUCCUUGCCGUACAAUGUCCAGGAAUGGCCCAACAGGUCGACCGACACUGUUGUUUGGGAAUUAUUCCGCCUCGCUCAGGAUACAUGCGAAACCAAAGCGGGGAGUGUCGUGCUCCUGCACGGCGAUUCUCCAAAAAUUCUUCAGCGGGGAACCACAAAACUUGAGUGGGGUCAAGGAAGGAGGGCUUGCUUGGCUGAUGGCCCCCUGAAAGGACAGACACACUGACCCACGCUACCUAACACGACAAUCGACACUCGCUUUUUAAGGGCUCUACCGACUCUCCUUCUGGAGUUCUGGUUAUCCUCGUACGGAGAUAAUCCGGCGAGCCGAUCUUAAACGAGCGAUCCCUUUGAACGAGUUUCUUACGUCUCAACGGGAAAGACGGAUCCAAAAGCUUGGAUGCACCAUUGAACCCAUAAUCCUUUCGUUUUAUCCCAGAUUCACUGCCUCUGAGAAGUUGUUCCUGUUAUCCACGAUACGUCCGCGGUGUCACGCUGCUCGUUUCCUUGUGCAUUUGUCUCUCGCAUUUGUCCCCUUUUUGUGGAUACCUCACUUUAGCUCUGUGCCUUUUUGGGGUGCUUCCCUCGGAGAGGCCAUCAUGAACUGGGAGGGGACCCAUUUGAAUUCUGGGGAGGGGGCUAGAGGAGACGUCACAAAAGCAGGCUGUGAUUCCCACUCGGCAUCCCAAAAUAGUUCGGGUCACGGUUUGAGGAUACUCGUUUUCCUACAAUAGACUGCUCCUCCCCUUGGAGGCUUCACAGAGCCCUUAGAGUAAGAAAUUAUGACAAUUCCAGGGCCUCGACCACUCCCUUGGAGUUAGUGGUACAGGUAGUCCUCAACUUAUGACCACAAUGGGGCCCCCAAAUUUCUUUUGCUAAGCAAGACAG